UGAACUUGAAGUUUGUAGUAUAAAUUCAAUUGAUUGUAUUUUAUUUCGACUCAAGUCGAAAUAUCGCGUUGGCAUGGCUAAGUUAUUUUGAAAUCCACUCAUACUUUCGGGUGUGAUUUGGUAGGUUUGUCGUCGUCGGCGGCGUCUGCGCGCUUCCGUUUCGACGCGUUCGCCGGCGCCAAGACCCUGGCGACUGUCGUGUAGAGGCACUCUUGGGCGUAAUCAGGCUGGAUUUGGUUGGAGCCGUAGCCCGCGACGUUGCCGUCGGGGUUGUUGUACAUGAGCACGUCGAACGCGCGAUCGAACACGACCAUCACGUCGUCCUCGGACAUCAAGUGCAGGCUCGACACGCCGCUUUCGACAAACAUGUACGUAUCGGCGAUCCCAAUCAGCGCGUCCAUGACGUGGCGCGCAGACACGAGACGUCGCUCGGACACUGUAUCCUCCGGUCCGAAAUCGUGGGGCGUCAGGUGGCGAAACGGCCCAAUGCCUUCCUCGUGGUCACCUCGGAACCACAGCUUCCACAGCACCUGCGACGACGUUCGAGGAAACUCCCAGCCUUCGGGCACCGCCCGUCGCUUGCCGUUGGCCCACGUGAACCUUCGACAGUGUUUGGCGUCGGCCAUGGGGGGGGGCGCGCCCGUUUUCAUGUCGGGCGCGGGGUCUAUAGGUUGAUGCCCUUGGGCCACCACCGUCGCCGGUUGCUGCUGAAGUUGUUUGUGUUUUAAGUUGGCCAUUCGAAGCCGCUUGUCCACGGUGCAGCACUUGAGUAGCACCAGAUGGGCCAUUUGCUUAUCCUCAAAGCCCGGUCGCGUGACCGAUCCGUCGUCUUGGGCGCCCAGAAACAACGCAAAUGAUCGGUCAAACAAGGCCAAGCUGUCGGUUUCCGUCAGCGCCGCGACCGCGUCCUCCGACUCGACGAGGCCGUGCGCGACGGCAACGGCGGCCACCUGCUUGACCAUCCGCUUGGCCACGGAAAACGUCUUUUGCUGCGUCGAGCCUUUGACGGAUGUGACGUGUCGGACGGGGCCCACGAACGGUGGCACGUACGCGCCGUGAAAGUAGCAACUCCACAUGUCUCGCACCGUGAGCAUGGGCAUCUCCCACGCCGACGAUGUCGCAGAGGACGAAGGGGAUGGGGCGGGGCGUCGCCUCGGGGUUCGCUCGUCAUCCACGUCGUCGCUGUCGCCGCCGCCGGCCGUGGUUGUGUCGUACCCCGUCGCAUUCGAAUCUCCACGACUGAGCCAUCCCCGGGGCCCAAACAACCGUUUCGACAAUGUCAAGUACGUCAGUGACCCCCAUUCCGCCAACGUCGCCGUCUCGCCGUUGGACGAUUGGUCCGAGUCCCCCCCCAUGACGACCAGUCGCAAUGCGCGGGUGAACGCCGCGUCCAGGUCCUCCCGCGGCAUCGCAUCGAGAUGGUCCACGGAUGUAAACUCCAAUGCCGCCGUCUCGAGGCGGGACAUGACUGUCCGGGCGCAGCUGCACCGACGUUUCGAUGGUUUGUCCCGGAUCGAACUCGUCAUGACGUGGCGCAACGCGGGCAUGGAAGCUGGCGCCGACGGAUCCCCUCGAAACCAAAACUGCCACAGCUCGCGACACGAUACCAAUGGGUACAACCACGUCGUACUCGUAGUAGUACUAGCCAUCGGGGUAAUCGCAGUAGGAGUACUAGUUCGAAGGAAACUCGUCGACGCGGACGACGUGGUUGGGGCGGCGGGGGGUGUCGGCGGUUGGAUCGACCACCUCGAGGCUUUGGCAGGCAUGGUCGACGCCAGCUGAAUCAGGAACGAAUUCGGCACCGAGUGAUUGGGGGUUUCUGCUUGUGGAGUGUUGGCGGAAGGUUUGGCUUCCGAGAAAGUGGAUGGGGGAAGGGGGGUGGGGGGGCUUCUCGAGGGGGUGGUCACGGGGCAUCGCUGCAAGAUUUUGGCAACGGCGAGGUAAUUGAGCUGCACCGCAGUGUUGUACGUGAGGACUUCAAACCCAGGUCGAGCUAGCGACCCGUCGUGUGUUUGUUGGAGGAGGUGUCGAAACACUUGGUCGAAUAUGGUUGGGAGGUCGCGGCGCGGUAGAGAGGCCAACGCGGCCUCGGACACUGCCAGGCCCAGGUCGAUGGCCAUUUGAAUCAGUGUUUGCAUGACCAACGUGGCCCUGUCGAAUCGAUGCUUGGACUGCUGGUCAGACAACGAGUCGCGUAAUGUCGAGUACGGCCCCACGUGAUUGUCGCCGUGGAACCAACCAUUCCAAAGCACGCGACAGGUCGUGGAGGGAAACAUCCAUUCCGGGUCUUCCUCUUCGGUUGACCAUGACGACUGCGCGCGCGGGGGGCUCGUAUGCUUCAACGUUGACGAGGAUGGGUGUACGGUGGCAGCAGCGACAGUGACGUGCUCCUUGUUGGACGUGGUGGUGAUUCCAGCUGACGACGGUGGUGUGGCUGUGGGUGCCGUCGCAUGCUUGAAGGAUGAGGAUGCGUUCACGAUGGCAAUUGGAGAAGCAUCGUGCUGCUGCUCCGUGACCACGGCUGCAUUCUUACCCGCCAACGAUUCGGUCAACAUCUCCAUGGCACUGCGGAGACCGGACGUGUCCUCCUGGAAACACCGAAUGAACUUUAUAGGAAGCGACUGGACCUCCUCUUCCAGUGCAUCCAGGCGCCGACACACGCGCCGCAAAGUCGCGUCGAUCGUGUGAAGCUUGGCGUCCAUCGCAAACGCUGUCUCUCUGCCGCCGCGAGGUCCCGCGUUCGUUGCUGG